AUGUCUGAACACGUCUCAAAAUCGUUCGAUGCAGUACCCAAGCUGCUGGGCAAGGAGAACUUUGUCCAGUGGAAGCAGAGAAUCACCAUUGCCUUUGCGCUCACUCGUUCGGCCUCCUUCAUUGUCGAGACUGCACAUCCUCCUCACAACCUCACCUCGACCGAUGCGACCGAACUCAAAGCAAACUCGGAUUGGAUCGAACGAGACCAUCAGAUUGCAGCUGGGAUCCUCUCAACCUGCUCAGAGGAUAUCAUCAAGUCGCACAUCCACCUGAUUGAUGCCGUCUUUCCUCGCUCAUACAAGAUUUACUGUGCGCUUACCUCGCUCUAUGGAACCUCGGGUGCGCAGUACUCGUUCGCUCUGGGGAGAGUCUUCUUGGACUCGAAGUGUGAGGAUGGAGGAGAUGUGGAAGGCUGGGUGAACCAGACAAUCGGUCGAUAUCGAGAACUCAAGACGCUCGACUUCGAUCUCGAUCAGCUCUGUGUCAAUGUCCUCCUCAAUGGUCUGCCUGAGCGAUUUGGGUCCUACCUGGAUCAGGUCUGGACAUCAAGCGAGAACCCAACAAUCGAGAAUGUCAGGCUUGCCAUCCUCCGGAUCAAUGCCGGGCAGCUCGCUCGCGCAAACGAGUCGACCGCCCUCUCCACUCAAACGUUCGGGGAAGAAGCCAAGCAAGGAGCAUCCCUGCGCUCGAUGUGGUUCGAUUGUUCACUGGGUAGUGGACUGUCCAGAGAAGGAGCAAGUUGGAGAGCGAAGAGGACGGUCGAAGAAAGGACGAAGGGGUCAUCUGAACAAGGCACAGGAGCAGGAGCAGAAGGAUGA